AUGGGUUUGUCUUCAGAGGAGGAGGAAGAGGAGGAGGAGGAGGACUUGGAGGAAGAGGAGGACAAGAGCUGUGAAAGAAAGAAGAACGUGAGAAAAAGGGACUCGGCAGAGAGGAGAAGUGAAGACUCAUCGGAAGACAGCAGUGAGGAGAGGAAGAAGAAAAAGAAGAAGAAGAAAAGAAAGAAAGAAUGCACUGGCAGCAGUGAAGAUGAAGAUGAUGAUGGCCACAAGAGAAAGAAAAAAAAGAAGAAGAAAAAGAAGAAAGGUAAAAAAUCCCAGAGUAAAGAUAAGAAGAAGAGAAAGGAUGAGGAGAACUUUGCAGAGUUGUAUAAACAAGAGCUCCUUAAUUAUCACUCGGAAUCUUCUCAUGAAACCGAAGAUGAGUACAACAAGAAAAAAGUCUAUGAAGUGGUAACAGUCACUGGAGACAUCAGAGGGGCAGGGACCGAUGCCAACGUCUUCGUUACCCUCUUCGGUGAAUUUGGCAUCACACCAAAAGCCCAUCUGACCAGCAAGAGCAGUUCUGCCUUUGAAAGAAGCAAAACAGAUGUGUUUCGAGUGAAAACCAACAAUGUUGGAGCCAUCCGGAAAAUAAGAAUUGAGCACGACAACACCGGAAUGAACGCCAGCUGGUAUCUUGACCGUGUGAUUGUGACAGACAUGAACAGGCCCCACCUCCGUUUUUAUUUCCCGUGCAACAAUUGGCUGAGUAAAGAUGAAGGGGACGGACUUUAUGUCAGAGAUCUGAUUGGCAGCCUUAAUCCUAUGGAUGUUCCCAAAGUAAACAAAUAUGUUGUCCGAGUGUUUACAGGUGAUGUCAAUGGCAGUGGAACAGAUGCUGAUGUUUUCGUUAACAUUUUUGGGCGGAACGGAGACACAGGAGAACGCAGGUUGGACAACGACAAGGACAAUUUUGAGAGGGGGUCAGAAGACAAGUUCACCCUUGAUGCCCCCAAUCUGGGCAAGCUCCGGAAAAUCACCAUUGGGCAUAACAACAAGGGAAGCUCAGCUGGAUGGUUCCUUGAUAAGGUUAUCAUUGAAGAUAUUGGCAACAAGUCAGUGUAUGAAUUCCCGUGCUACCGUUGGUUUGCGUUGGAUGAAGAUGAUGGCAAAAUCCAGCGCGACAUUCUUGUGGGAGGAACAGAGGCAACUGGCAUUGUUUACAACGUGGCAGUGGUCACAGGGGACAUCAGAGGGGCAGGAACCAACUCCAAAAUUCAUAUUGUCAUGCAUGGCUCCAAAGGGCUGAAAAACAGCGGGAAGAUUUUUCUGGAAGGAGGGAAGUUUGAACGGAGCAGGACCGACCUUUUCAGUGUCGAAAUUGCGGCUCUCCUUAGCCCCUUAAGUCGCAUCUCCAUCGGGCACGAUAACGCUGGCAUCAGUUGCGGCUGGUACUGCGAGAAGGUGGUGGUGUACUGUCCAUUUACCGGAAUCGAACAGACCUUCCCCUGUGGGAAGUGGCUGGAUGAGAACGAAAUGGACGGCCUGGUGGAGCGUGAACUCUACGAAAUGGUCUCCCUGCGUCAGAAAAGACUGAAAAAAAAUCCCUGGUCUCUGUGGAUUUGGACAAGUGACAUUAAAGGUGCUGGAACAGAUGCUCCCAUCUUCCUCCAGGUUUACGGUGACAAAGGAAAAUCUGAUGAAAUGAAAUUAGACAAUAACUCCGACAACUUUGAAGCUGGACAAAUUGACAAAUUCGUGAUUGAGCUCCCGAAUCUGGGUACGUUAUUCAAAGUUCGGAUAUGGCACGAGAAACGGAGUCCUUUUUCUGGCUGGCAUCUCAACAAGGUCACUCUUUUGAAAACUCUGACGAAAGAGAAGUACACCUUCAAUUGUGGACGUUGGUUAGAUGUCAAUGAGGAUGACAAUGAGAUUGUGCGGGAGUUGGCAGCAGAAGGACCACUGGUGGCCGAAGUGAUGCCAGUAAUCAAGUAUCGACUGACUGUGUGCACCGGGACAGUGAGCGGAAGUGGGACCGAUGCCAAUGUUUUUGCUUGCCUCAUCGGGGAGCAUGGAGACACGGGGGACCGGGUGCUCCAGAACAGCGUGAACACCGUUAAUAAGUUUGAGAAAGGCAGUGCUGACGAAUUCAUCAUUGAAGCAGUCCACCUGAAGCAGGUGAGCAGGGUGAGAAUAGGGCAUGACGGCAAAGGAGGAAGCAGUGGCUGGCACCUUGCUAAAGUGAUAGUGAGGGAAGAUGGACAACCAGAAAGUGAGGCUCAAGAAUUCCCAUGCUACAGAUGGCUUGACAAAAAUGAGGACGAUGGCCAGAUUGUUCGAGAGUUGGUUCCAGAUGGGAGAUCGUCUAUGCUGGAAAAUAUCAGUUAUCACAUCAGUAUUAAGACAGGCGAUGUCCCAGGAGCCAGCUCUGAUUCGAAGGUUUUGAUCAAACUGUACGGUGAGAAAGCAGACACCAAAAAGGAAUUUCUGCUGGUUUCUGAUAACGACUUAGGAAAUUACUUUGAACGUAGCCGGAUAGAUAUUUUUACUCUGGAUACAAUGGACAUUGGGAAGAUCCAUCGAAUUCUAAUCGGGCAUGACAACGUGGGCCUCCAAGCAGGCUGGCACCUUGGUAGCGUUCAGAUUAUCAUUCCUGUCCAUGGCAAGAUGUACAACUUCCCAUGCAACCGGUGGCUUGACAAAAACGAAGCUGAUGGGAAGGUAGAAAUCGUGACUUACCCCAGCGAAAUCAUGGAGAUUGAGAAAUUGAUCAACUACGAGAUAUGCACCGUUACCGGAGAUGUACGGAACGCAGGAACCAACGCAAAAGUCUUUCUGCAGGUUUAUGGUGAGCUGGGUAAAACGGAGGUACUGAUUUUGAAGAACAGGUCCAACAACCAUGAACGGGGAGCCGUGGAAAAAUUCAAGAUAGAAGCUGUCGAUGUUGGCAGAAUCUAUAAGAUCCGAAUUGGCCACGAUGGGACAGGCUUGGCAGAUGGAUGGUUCCUGGAAAAUGUUGUCAUUAAAAAAAUGGUGACGAAGAUCAACGGGCAAGACAAGAAGAAGAAAAAGAAGAAAAAGAAACCCACAGAAGAGAAAGGGGAAGAAGAGACGAACCAACCAGAUCCUAUGGAGGUUUAUAACUUUGUAGCCCAUCGUUGGCUGGCAAGGGACGAAGAGGACAAGGAACUGGUGGUGGAGUUGACACCAGAAGAGGGAUCUGAGCUUGAAGCAAACACCUACGAAGCCCAUGUUAUAACUGGAAUGAUAUGGGGAGCUGGUACUGAUGCCAAUGUUUACCUGAGCAUCUAUGGUGAAAGGGGAGACACUGGGGAACGUCAUUUGAAGUACUCGAAUAAUCUGAACAAGUUUGAAAAGAAACAGGUAGAUGUAUUCACUGUCCAAGCCAUCGACUUGGGAGAACUGAAGAAACUGAGAAUUCGCCAUGACGACUCGGGAAGCAAUUCAGCCUGGUUCCUGGAAAGAAUCGACAUCAUCGACACCAAAGAGGAUAGGAAGUAUUAUUUCCCCUGCCAGAGGUGGUUGGCAGUGGAAGAAGAUGACGGUCAGAUUGCCAGGGAGCUUGUCCCAGUGGCUGAAGCAUUUGUGAUGAAGGAUUCGGAGAACGCAGGUUCUAUUGCAACCCUGGGCUUGGAACAGAAAGCUAAUUCAACUACAUUCACAGUCAGGGUGAAAACAGGAGACAAGAAAAAUGCCGGGACAGACUCCAAUGUCUUUAUCAUCCUUUACGGAUCAAAAGAUGACACAGGGACAAUCUACUUGAAGGCUUCCAAGACUAACCGGAACAAAUUUGAACGAGAUAAAGUUGAUGUCUUCACGGUGGGAUGUGUGGACCUCGGAGACCUGAAGAAGAUAAAGAUUGGCCAUGAUAAUACAGGUCAUUCUGAGGGAUGGUUUUUAGACUGGGUGGAGGUGGACGCUCCUUGCCUUGGGCUUUGCCUGAAGUUUCCUUGUGGUCGUUGGCUGGAUAAAUCGGAAGAUGACGGAGCAAUUGAAAGAGUCUUGUUUCCUGCAACGCUGCAAACUGUGACUUACAUCCCAUUUGUUCCCUACGAAAUUAAUGUUUAUACCAGUGACAUUUUGGGAGCGGGUACCGAUGCUGACGUCUUUAUUGUUCUCUACGGGGCUGACGGCGUCUGCACGCAACAGAAAUCCCUGUGCCAAAACAAGAGGGAACAAAGGAUGUUCUUUAAGAGGAAUUCUGUAAAUCAGUUCAUUGUGGAGCUAGAAGACGUUGGUGACAUCCUAGAAAAGAUCCGCAUUGGGCACGAUGGCUCAGGUAUCAAUUCAGGCUGGCACCUUGAUCAGGUAGACAUACGGAGACUUUUGCCAAAUGGAAAGGGUUCUGAGAAAACCACAUUUCCAUGUGAAAAAUGGCUGGCAAAAUCUGAAGAAGACGGUGAAAUCAUGAGGGAAUUGGUUCCAUCUAGAAUUUUUACUGAAAAACUGAUGAAAGAUGGCACACUUAAGCAGAUUGAUGAAGAAAUUGAUGACGCAUUGGAAAUCUAUUCGUACAAAGUCUCUGUUUUCACGGGUGAUAUCUACGGCGCCGGAACGGAUGCAAAUGUAUUCCUAACCAUCUAUGGAGACUUGGGCGAUACCGGCGAGAGGAAACUAAGGAAGUCUGAAACAAAUACCAACAAGUUUGAAAGAGGACAGGAAGACAUCUUCACAGUGGAAGCUGUGGACCUGGGAACCAUCUCUAAAAUCAAGAUACGCCAUGACAACACCCUGCCAAGGCCCGACUGGUACUUGGAGAAAGUUGAGAUCCUGAACGAUGCCACCGACAGCGUCUACCUCUUUGAGUGUGAACGUUGGCUGUCCAGAAAAAAGGAGGAUCUAAGCAUCGAGAGAAUCCUUUGGGAAAAAAACUAUGAUCCUGACUGCCUGAGCGUAGAAAACGCAUCCCUGAACCGAGACAACAAUGCCAAUCUAAAGGACAAGAAGACCAACAGUUCUGCGCUUGAUGGGUCACUCAUUCCUUACCACAUCGUCCUCACCACCGGGAAAGAAUACGACUCAAGUACCAGCAGCCGAGUUUUCCUAAUCGUCAUUGGUCCUCAGGAAAACUGUACCGGCCACAUGUGGCUUGAUCUCCCGGAAGAAAAGAACCAAUUUGCAGCAUCUUCUGUGGAGAAAUUCUCUGUGAUGGGAAUAGAUGUUGGCGAAAUCAAAAAAAUUGAGAUCGGCCACGAUGGGGCUACUCCAGAAAGCUCCUGGCUCUUGGAUGAAUUCAGUGUCACAGUGCCAACUAAGGGUGUGAUAUACGCUUUUGUUUGCAAGUGCUGGCUGGCCCAGGAUAGGGGAGACGGCCUCACCUCACGUGUAUUCAACAUCCUGGAUGCGGAUUGCAUCAAUAUUGGCCUAAAGAUUCUCUAUGAAGUGACCGUGGAGACUGGAGAUUUGUCACAGGCUGGAACGGACACGGGCAUUUUUUUCACAUUCUUUGGAACCAGUGGGUGUUCGGAAGAGAUCCAGCUGGAAAAAAAUGGAAACAGAUUUGAAAUUGGCCAAAAGGAUACUUUUAUCAUGGAAAUUCCGGAUAUUGCACCGCUCAAGAAAAUGAGAAUAAGGACAGAUGGGACAGGAUGCCGCCCGGAUUGGUUUCUGGAACAGGUCACCAUGAAGAAUUUGUCCACUCAAGAAGUUGCCACGUUCACCUACAGUGACUGGCUCUCCAAGCAGUGGGGCGACAAUUUGACUCUCCAGUGUGAGAUUGCAGCGAUGAUCAACGAUGAGCUGAUGAUGGAAGAGACAACGUAUGUUAUUCAGGUGAAAACCAGCAAUAUCGGAGGUGCUGGAACAGAUGCCAACGUCUCCAUGAUUAUUUGGGGAGAGAACGGGGACAGUGGGACCUUGGCUUUGAAGGAAUCGAACAGAUCCAACAAGUUUGAAAGGAACCAGCUAGAUGUCUUCUAUUUUCCUGACAUCUUCAGUCUCGGCGAUCUCUGCAAAGUGCGUAUCUGGCACGACAACAAAGGAAUCGCGCCAGGCUGGCAUCUGGAAUAUAUUGACAUUGAAGACUCUCUUAUGGACAAAAUUUUCCGCUUCCAGGGUGACCGUUGGCUCGCAAAAGAUGAAGACGAUGGCCAGAUUAUACGGGAACUGGCUUGUGCCAAUAAUGACAUUUUGGAAUUGAAAGAACGUACCUCUUAUGAGAUUCUCACGAUUACCAGCAAUAAGGAAGAUGCAGAAACCAAGGAAAACGUAUCCCUUAUUUUUGAAGGCAAGAGAGGCCGUUCCAAGGAGUUCCUUCUGGAGAACUCCUCCAGAAAGAGAAGGUUUUUAAGAGGAGCCUCGGAUGCAUUCCAGUUUUCUUCAAAAAACGUUGGUGAUAUCGCCGCCAUCUGUGUUGGUCACUGUCCAAAAGAUGGGAAGAGACUGAAGGCGAAACCAGACGUAUAUUGGCACGUUCAGGAAAUUGUCAUCACAGAAAUGGAGCUUGGCAACAAGUAUUUCUUCCAAUGCAAUGCCAAAAUCCCACUCCGCACCAAGAGAGGAGACCACAAGGUUUUUGAGUGUGCCAAGGUGAUCGAAAGCUUUGCUAGCAAAGCUCGGAGUUUGGUGCCCGUCAAAUACGAAGUGAUUGUCGUGACAGGCUCCCAAAAAGGAUCUGGCACAGAUGCCAAUGUCCACAUUACCAUAUUUGGAGUGAACGGGGAUUCGGGCAAGCGGCGUUUGAAGCAGAAAUUCCGCAAUCUCUUUGAACGGGGCAGCACCGAUCGGUUUUACCUGGAAAUCCUCGAACUCGGAGAGCUGAAGAAAGUUCGGAUUGAGCACGACAGCAGCGGGAUCUCUCCCGGAUGGUUGGUGGAACGAGUCGAGAUCACCAACUCAGCGACGGGCAUAACCACCAACUUCCCUUGCGGGAAGUGGUUGGAUAAGAAUAAAGGGGACCAGUUAACAUGGAGGGAAUUGUUUCCCAGAAGCUAA